AUGCCAACACUUGUGCAGUCAGCGUGCGAGUCUUUGGCUCAGAGUAGUGCUGCUGCCGCUACACACGGCUAUUAUGAUCCUAAUCAAACUGAUCGUUUCACAUUUUUUCACUCAGGAAACGCUGCAAAGAUUCUCCAUCGCUUUGAUAUGCUUAACAAAUGCACAAUUGCUAGUGCCGCUUUGGAACCUGCAGCUGAUUCGCACUACUCUCUUUUUUUCUGCUCUCCAAAACCGUUGACUUGUCCUCUCAUCAGUUAUUACGAGACAUCAUCUCUGCUCUCACUUGUAAUCGAAGCUACAAGUGGUGGCGAUGGCGGAAUCAAUUGGGGAGCUGCGGCAUUGCUAUUUGCUCGAUUACCUAUAGACAUGAAGAAAAUGGACGAAACAAGUAAUGAUGCCAGUCUUCCGUUGGGAAAAAUGUUAGAAGAAAGAGGAAAGGAGUUUGUUGGCUCUCAUUGUAUGGACAGAAUCGUUGCUCUCUUUGAGAAAAUGAUGGUCGCGAUGUCUCCUCAAAGUGGUCUUCAUCAAGUUUGGAAUCAAGAUAGAUUCAAGCUUGUUGUCGCUCGUAAUGCGAUAAUAACAGCAUUAGAACUUUCCAACACAGAAGAGAGGUUCUUGCAAAUUCUAACGAAGUAUGCGGGUGAUUUCUCCGAAGCUUUAAAGGAGUUAUCUUCUGGUACGGAUGUGUUUUCUGUGAAGAACCUGGCCGAUGGUGCUUCGAUGUACUAUUUUACCCUUAUUGGCGUCAUGAGUUAUCAUCCAUGCGGAGCUCUUCCUCUUGAAAAAUCUGGAGUGUUACAGAUGUAA